AUGCCCAAAAAACUGAAAACUUCUGUAAGAUGUUUGGCCGAUUCGCAACCUCUGUUAGUGAAGUCCGCUACCGGGGCUUACGUUGAAAGUAUCGUGCAGAGCCUGUGUAAAGAAGGAUAUGGAGUUGGAGACAAUACCUACCAGGCCACUUUUUCAGGCAACUCGGGGAAGUUUAAUCCCACAACGAAACAAACGCCAAAGCUGACGGAGCUUAAAUGGAAGAAGGUGGAGCAGUUUAAAAUUGUAUCGAGGGAUCAAGACUGUGUUUUCAUUGUUCACAAUACGAAUAAGUACAUGAUCCUGCGGAUGGAUAACGCGGGCGAGGCGAAGAAGCUACAGGCCCUUGUCCUAAAAGCCAACCCCAAUGUGCAGUUAAUCGAAGAUAGAGGCGAUGGAGAGACCAGUGAUGACAUUGGUUCAGUAGCACCGGCGAAAGUAGAUAAAACCAAACAGGAAACGAAGAGCAACGAGGUCUCCCCUCCCAAGGACCACUCAAGUAGUGCUCCAAAGAGUCUCCCAAGGAGUGUCCCAAAGAGUGGCCCUAGUAGUCAUCGGCAACCUGCAAAGAGUUAUAAUGAAUUUCCCCGUUCCCGUUACGAAGAAACAAAGGGCAACGAAAAUACUAGUGAGCUCUCGUUUUCCGAGGAGUACCAACAUAGUGCUCCAAGAAGGGGCCCAAGGAGUCUCCCAAGGAGUAUCCCAAAGAGUGCCCAAAGUAGUCAUCGGCCACCGUCACAGAGUCGUAAGGAACCUCCGCGUUCCCGAGCAAUGAAAACUAGUACGGUUCAAUGGGAUGGGUAUCGAACUUGGCGGGGACGUUCCCAAAUGCCUUCCAGGGUUGAGGAAGAUGGUCUGAUGCCAAGAUGUUAUUACCAAUACAAACCGAGAGCGUCUUCAGAGACAAGGGGAAGAAGAGGACAAGGUGAUAGAACCUACGAUCAUUGGCGUAGGUCGCCGAGUCCAUAUGCUCGGGACUGGUCACCUCCGCGUUCGCGAUACGACUCGAAUAUCCAUGUGGAAUCAUACAGCCCUGUAGAUGAAGACUCCUUCAGCUCUUCUCGCUCAUCAUCCCCAGGAUCUAUGCAGCUGGGAAGGAUUACGUGUACUCCCGUGCCUAAGGGACGCCAAACAUGGUACAAGCCCGACAUUUACUACCAUAAUAAAAUGCCUAAGGUAGUACGUGAGGGGACAACCUACGCAGAGUACGCGGAAUCUGACGACAGUACAAGAACUCCGUCAGAGCGAACAAUAAGAAUCAUGGAACUGAUAGGACAGAAGGAAACUCCCAAACAUCGGAACAGUCGUGUGUAG